UACAAAAAAGUGCAGUUCGAAAACUAUAAGAUUGAAGCCUCAGCGACCAAAGCUUUGGGCGCGCAUGCUUCCAGUGCUGUUGGCAAUCGACAACUCGAAGGACGGAUCAAUACCGACGUGUUACGGAUUGGCGAGUACAUCCAUCCAGGAUUCACUUUUCAGAUGAUCGAAAAGUUGCAAUGGCGUCCAUAUUUUCUCGACCAUUUUUCUGGAAAAUUGGGACUUGCGCCUGUUUCCGAAAUCCUGCCGGAAACUUUUGCUCAGUCCCUUCUAAGGCUGUUUCCACAGGAACCUGUAUUCACACUCUGGUUUCGCCCGGAUGAAGACGGAGAAUACAGAAACGGGAUUUUUUCCUUUGGUGGAGUUCAUGAUUACCGAUAUGAUGGACAGUUAUUAUACUUUCCCGUGGUGUUCGCCAACUCAUGGAUAAUUCAAGCUACAAAAAUUUCACUGGGAGAGGACGUGGUUUGUCAGCAAGAUUGCAACAUUCAAUUCAGCACUGCAGUUCCUUACUUCUAUGGUCCCAGAGAGCAAAUCAAUCAAAUUCAUCGUUUGUUGAAUUUGCCUGCCGACGGAAUUAGUCAGGGAGAGAAUAUACUGAACUGCGACAAAGCCGAUUCGUAUCCUCAGUUGCACGUUCAAUUUGGUUCGUUGCAUGUUCACUGGAGAAUGGAUGAGAUCUGGGAAACGAAAAGGGACCGAAAAUCUUUCGUUUGCAAAUCGGGCAUUCGCACCAACAUUGGUCUGCCCGGUUGGGAAUGCGGACACAAACUGAUGUACAAACUCUUUGCAGUGUAUGAUUUGAGAAACGCACGAAUUGGACUCGCCGAUGCAAGCCGCCCA